GGAAGCGUCUUGCAGCAGUCCUUUCUGUGGCUCUUUCGACUCUUCCCAGGCACAGCAGCAGCUGGGCUCCUCCGCGGGUCUCUCUCUCCACACAGACCCCGUGGUGUGGCGCUGUCACUAAGCCAGCGGGUUCCGGCCAGGGCUCCAUGCACUCAGCUCCUCUGAGCCCUGAGCUGCCUGCAUCCCACCCACACACUGCAAUAUGAGUCACCCAGCACAGGAGCACAGUACCUUACAUUCCUCAUUCCUGCUCGCAGCUCUGGCCCCAUCUACCUCUCAGGCAUGGAGAAGAUAAAGACCCCCCAUAUUCAGUAACCCACCAAUCAUUCAGCUGACCUGUACUGACCUCCAGCCCCCCUGUCACCUGCUUUCUGCACAUCUUUGCUGGCCUGUGAGCUCUGCUCCCUAUACUCCCCUUAGAUGGACAUUAACACUCUAGCUGCACAAUCAGAUAUUAAUGAUCCACCUGUCCUACUGGCAGAACUACGUCCAGGCAGAGAACCUCUGUAUGACUGGAAGUCCAGCUGCGAGACUUGGAGUGUUGCAUUCUCACCUGAUGGCUCCUGGUUUGCCUGGUCUCAAGGACAUGGCAUCAUUAAGCUCAUUCCAUGGCCCCUGGAAGAUGAACAAUUCAGGAGACCAUCAUCCUAUAGACCCAAAAGUCAAUGCUACAAGGGCUCUGAAGUCCAAAGGAAAGGAAGCCUGAAAGAGAAAGUACUGGACUGUGGACAGAUAGUUUGGGGCUUGGCCUUUGGUUCCUCGCCUUCACCAGUUGGGCGGAAGCUGUGGCCACAUUUCAGGCAACAAGAAGCCGGAUCUGGUAGCACACUGCUCCUUUUGGCAACGGGGCUAAGUAAUGGACAUGUCAAAGUUUGGGAUGUGCAAACAGGUCGUCUGCUUUUCAACUUGUCUGGACACCAGGAUGUUGUAAGAGACUUGAGCUUUACCACAAAUGGCAGCAUGAUUCUUGUAACUGCAUCCCGAGAUAAGACCUUGCGCAUCUGGGACUUGAAAAAAGAUGGUAAACUGAUUCAGGUGCUGUCUGGACACACCCAUUGGGUUUACUGCUGUUCCAUCUCCCCAGACUGUAGCAUGCUGUGCUCUGCGGCAGGAGAGAACUCGGUGCUGCUGUGGAGCAUGCGCUCAUACACUCUCAUCCGGAAGCUGGAGGGUCAUCAGAACAGUGUCGUAUCAUGUGACUUCUCUCCCGAUUCUGCUGUCUUAGUCACAGCCUCUUAUGACACUACUCUGAUUUUGUGGGACCCUUACACUGGAGAGAAGAUACGACAAAUCAUUCAUGUUUCAUUAUCUCGUGAUCUGGACUACAGUAAUCCGGAGCCGCAGCUCAGCUCACUGAGAUCGGUCUGCUUUUCACCAGAUGGCCUGCACCUCGCUAGCCUGGCAGAUGACCGGUUUCUGCGGAUAUGGUCACUGGAAUUACAAGAGCCCCUGUCUUCUGCUCCUGUCACAAACGGUCUGUGCUGUACCUUUUAUCCACGUGGUGGAAUUCUUGCAACAGGAAACCGAGAUGGACAUGUUCAAUUCUGGACAGCUCCUCGAGUUCUGUCUUCACUUCGACACUUGUGUCGCAGUGCACUGCGUUGUUUUCUACCCACCUAUCAGGUCCUUGCACUGCCCAUUCCUGGUAAGAUGAAGGAGUUUCUUACUUACAGGACUAAUUAUUAGCCUCUUUGUAUAAGAAGGAUUGCUGAAAUCGAAGCAAACCUCUUCUAGAACUUUGAAACCUUGCACAGAAGCAACAGAAUCCAGUCAACAGGAGGUCUUUAACUUUUCAUAAGGGAACACUGAUGCUGUAUGGAUCUUCAAGGAUGGCUAGUGUACUGAAGUUAAAUGUAUUUCUGUAGCCAUUUAUUACAGGGUAAGCCCCUUUUUCAGGUGACUUCAGUGUACAUCAUAUGUGGUGCAGAACAAUAAAAAGCCCAUCCAUUCUCAGAAUGGGAAUGUGAAGAGGAAAAGAAAUGAUCGCAGACCAUACUUACAAAGAUUUGAGUGAGCUAAGCUAUUAACUUGCUGCAUUGGAAUGUACGCUUAGUUGUAAAAUUAAACAAAUUGCACAAAAAGCAUGAUGAAAAACUUCGACGGCAGUAUAAAAACGGGCAAAAUGAGUGUUGUCUGGGCGUAUAGGUAGUAAAUGAAGCUUCUCCAACAAAAAAAAUAAAAGCGAUUAGUUGACAAAUAUUUACACUAAAGCAAAUAAGCCCUUACUAAAAACUUUUAUAGGUAAUAGUGCCUAGUAGAAAACAAAGAUACCCUAUCUGUAAUUAGGUUUUAUUUUUUCAUAAGACAGACAUGAGUAGAGUGUGUGCAGAGAAUGUGUUUUCUGUAUUUUAUGUGCCUUGGUGUGUGAGGUCAUACAGCACAGGACUGGCUCCGUCAUGCAAACAUUUAAGCAAAAACAUCAGGAAAAGAUCCAGACAAAUUCAACCAUUUUUAUUUAUUAUAAACUUCAUUAAAGAAAAUUUGACACAUUAACAAGUAAUUUAUUGGUUUAGGUCAAAAGCAAAUAUGUAAUUCUUUUCCAUGGUGAAGCUCAUUAAAAUAAUUACUUUACUACUCUAA